AUGCCGGCCGAGGGUAUGGGGGCGGAGGACGCGGCAGCGGCAGAGGAGGAGGAGAAUGCGGUGGCCGAGGAGAUGGGGACGAUGGAGGAGGAGGGCGAGGUGAAGGGGGGGGAGGAGUUGGGGAUCGAGGUGGCGGUCGUUGCGAUAAUGGCGGCGGCGGGAGUGGUGAUCGUGGUGGUGGUGGGGUGGACGAAGGCGGCGGCGGCGGUUGUGGCCGUGGUGAUGGUGGCGAGGUUAUCAGCUAAUCCUGGGAAGGCAUUGCACAGCCGGCGGACCGGUAGUUCUCUGCACUUCAGCAUCACAAACGUGCCCAGCGUCAAUGCAUCAACAGCCGACAGCUCAGAGUCUGGGGUUGGAGCUGUCGACGCCGCUGCCACUGCGGUAACCACACGCUGGCGUAGCUCCGCCAAGUCCAGGGUCAUAUGA